GAAUUUGGGGGAAUUCCAUGAAAAUUCCUGUUGGCGUUUGCGCACGUUUUUCUCGCAUUCAAACAAUGAUCACUUUCGUUACGUUUGAACAUCGUUUUUUCUCAUUUCCGCACCAGCGAUUACUCCCCACUGUCGUAUCUCUUUCUCUUGAGUACACGAGAAAUCUAGAUUAAAAUCAUACACGCUCGAUUACAAACUUCAAAAAAUGCUCGCAAGAUAAACCGGACUGCUGAUGCUAUAGACGAGACAAAACGACGGAGUGAAACUUUCGAGUCGUGCGUCGUCCCCGAUCGAAGUAUUCACGUCGAAUAAAAGUAUUAUUGGAAAAAUGAGAUCAAGCAGGCAGAAUAAUGGUCGGUUUAAGUUGUUUUAUGAUCGAUAAUGAAUGACUUUGGAGAGAUGAAAUUUCGCAGAGGCGCCAGCGACCGGAUCGGUGGAUUUAUACGUAUUUAUAUUGGCAAUUUCUUUCGAUCGCGCGCGCCUUUUCCGCUUCUCCUUCUCUCGCCGCUAUUAUAGCAUACGAACAUAGAGGAGCAAACAGAUACGAGGGAAAAACGAGCACUCUAGUAGAUUCGACGGCAACGGACAGACGCGUCGCGCGAUUCUCUCUCUCUCUCUCUCUCUUCCUCGCUGCGCUUCUCCUUCGCUCUUUUACGCGAAUCAAUCUAAGGUCAUUUUUUAUUGGGGGAAAACACACGUGUCACGCAGAAUCUCAUGUCCGAAGGGAAAUUUCAUCGCGUCCCGCGAUAGCUUCGACAAUCAAAGUUCCGUCGGAGAAAAGAAAAUUUGGAGUUUUUUAAAACUGUUUCGCUGUGGCAAGAAUAAAAGUUCCCUUUGAUUUAAUUUCUCGGGACGGAUUCGGUAAUUUUUCGUAUCUGCACUUUCUCAAAUCGAUAUGAAGCGAUAGCAAAUCGGGCGUCGAUUAUUGCGAAAAUAUCGGAUUCGAAGACGCACGCGUGGGAAGGCAUUCGACCCGCGAUCGAGAUAAGAUUUUUCGUCUGAAAAGUGGCGAAAACAUAGAAUGUAGCCAAUGUCGUAACGCUCAAUAUGCACGAAUCGGUAGUGACAUUAUCAUGGGAAUUUUGUUCAUCAGCACGCAAGACCCGAAAAGAGACUCGCAGCGCGACAGACGCACGCACCCCGGAGCUGAGGAUCACGCACGAAUGAUCGAAAUACGCAAGUGUUCCGAAAGAUACGCCGCUUCAAAAAAAUCAACGCGACGAUAUUAUGUGGCGAAAAAUUAACUGAGUUAUCGUCGCUCGAGUGAAAGUGUUUUUUAUUCCUUCCCUCUUUGCGUUCGAAUGCCGCGACGAAAAUAUCGUCAUUUACGUCAGAAUGGAGCGACUAGUGAUUCUCACGACGUUGUUUUUUAUUUUCACGAUCCCGGUCAACGUCCAGGCUCAUCUCGUCGAUGGAAUAUUCAUGGAGCCGACGCUCGAGCCUGGUUAUCAUCUCGUCGCAACGAUCCCAGUCGGUGCUUCCAAUUUAAAUGUCUCUCAGCUCAGACAUACCAACAACUAUUUAGCCGUACGACUUCGAGAUGGUAAAUUCUUGCUGAACGGAAAUUACAGCAUAAAUUGGUCGGGCUUUUACAAAGCUGCGGGUACGAACUUCGUCUACCAUCGUCAAACGUCCCAACAGUUGGAAAGCUUCACGGCAAUCGGACCGCUGCUGGAACCGAUCGACGUUAUGCUCUUGUAUCAAGAACCAAACUCUGGAAUCGUGUACAAAUAUACAUCGCCGAGCGGAAACAAGGACCGUAAUGGACGAGGCCAUGGGAAAAAUUAUUUGCGUAUGAUCGGCGACGAAGCUUCCGUCUCGUCUCCUAAACGUUAUAGAAAACGAAAAUUCACGUGGAGAUCCAACGGAUUUACGAGCUGCAGCAAAACCUGCGGGGGAGGUGUUCAAACGAGAAUUUAUAUUUGCAUACGUGAGCACAGUCAAAGUCACGUGCCAACGAAACGAUGCCAUGGUUUGGAAAAACCAGCCGAUAUACAAUCGAGAUGCAACGUUGGUCCAUGUCCGCCAAAAUGGCGACUCGGAGCAUGGUCGAAAUGUUCGGUCAGCUGUGGCUCUGGCGUUCGCGUUCGCGAAUACGAGUGCGUUCAAGAAGUCAACAACUUGUUGACCGUCAGAGUCGCCGAUGGCGCUUGCAUGGAGUCGAAAUCAUCGUCGGACAAUGAAACUUGUUCGAUGCCCUCGUGCGAGCAUGACUCGAGAUUCAUCGUUGACUCGUCCAGAAACACAAGCGUCACAUCGCGUUGGAACGUCGGCGAAUGGUCCUCGUGCUCGACGUCCUGCGGAAUCGGCAGAAAAACCCGCACAGUUUCCUGUGCGAAACACGAUCGUUAUUGCGGGUCGUUGACGAAGCCGAGCGAACAGGAAUUCUGCGAUUCGGGUACUUGUCCGAGCGACGAUGGGCAGACGAACACGAUACUCGAGCUCGGGAAGCCACGUUGGCUGCACACCGAAUGGUCACAGCAGUGUUCAGCGGAAUGUGGCACGGGUUUACAAACGCGCAAAGUUAUCUGUGUCAGCCAAGAGAGCAGCGACUACACGACGAGCUCGAAAAACCACGAGGUAAUCGACGAUAAAAAGUGCGAGAAAAAUACACGUCCAGAAUCUUCCAGAGCGUGCUCGAGCAACAAAACUUGCAGUGGUCAAUGGUUCACCGGACCCUGGACUCGGUGCUCAGCGAGUUGCGAUGUUGGCGAGCAAACGAGAGAAGCCAUUUGCGUCACGAGCAUCCAAGGCUCGUUGAGAAUGGUCCUCGAAAUGAACUGUCCGCCGACGAAGCCUGAGACGAGAAAACCCUGCAACGGGCCACCGUGCCAAGCGACCUGGUACACGUCCGACUGGACCGAGUGCUCGCGCUCCUGCGGAACUGGCACCCAAAGUCGUCAAGUCAAAUGCCUCGAUUCGGAUACUCGAGGAGUCGAUGAAUUUCGUAUACGAUGCAACGAGACGGAGCGACCCGAAUCCAGAAAAAUAUGCAACGAUUACCCUUGUCGAGGCUCAAUCGAAUUGAGGGACGAUGAACUAUCGACGAGAUCGCAGUACGUUCAAAACGAUCCGGAAGCCACGAAUGGUAUUUCCGGAAACGACAAUUGCACUGACAGCAUGUCGAAUUGCGGCUUGGUCACCCAAGCCAGACUCUGCAUUUACCCGUUUUAUCGGAAGAUCUGUUGCUCCUCGUGUUCCAAAUCGAGACGAGAUGAAAUCGAAUGAAAACAUCAUUGGUCAAAAAAUCGAAUUUUUCUCAGCUACACACACACACACACACACACACACACACACAAGUAUUAAAAUUUUGAUUUUUAUUCGAACAAAAGGUGAAAUUUCGUGGAUAGUUUGCAUGCCAAUUCACACGCCUUGAGUAGAUUAUUUACAUUUCCACUGCCAAUUUGGAGACGAUUUUGAAACGCUGUUUCUCGUAUUAUCGAUUCGAUUUUCGUCAAAUCAAUGAACGAGUUUGUAAAUAUGUAGAAAAACUUAUUUAAUUCUCGUAAAAAAUGUAAUAAUUAUGACAACAAGUAUUAUACGAAUAUCGAUCUGCGUAAUUUUAGGGUCGAAAUAAUUUUGUCUCAAAAUUUUCAACAGCAAAGUAAUAAAAAAUGUAAAUCGAG